AUGGACGCUUGCGCCUGGACGGAAGAGCACACUCCGACCCCCUUCAGCACCAACAGCUCUGCACCCGGCGCCCCGCCGCUACUCAGGUUUUGCCUGUCUUCAACCCACCCCGGCUGGGCAUUCCUCCCAGCCCUUGGCAGCAGCAGCAGCGACGACACCACCGAUGAUAUGCCCCUCCCUUCUACGGCUUCCUCUUGCCCUGGUGGUCGCGGCCGGCCCUCCGCGGUUGAACUCGAGCUUGUCGUAUCCCGUGGACCCGGCCCGGAUUUCUCGGAGCACGAGACCAGCGUCGCCUCUCACGCGGCGACUUUUCUCGCCCAGGCCCUCGCCGGCGUCCGCGAUCGCGCCGCGUUGUCCGAGAUGAAGGCCGCCCUGCGAGAAUCCUUCCGGGGCAUGGAAGAAGCCUCCGAGGCCGUCGCCGUCCUGGUGGAAGAGAGGGACCGACGGGCGCAACGCGAGGCGAAGAGGAAGGCCGAGCUCGACGAGCACCGCGCGGGAGAGAUAGCGGCUGCAGAGAAGGGGUUGGGGAGGGCUCGUCGAGAGGCGGAAGAACUCCGGCGGCAGCUCAAGGGUGUCUGUUCCGCGGUGGCUGAUAUUGGUGCUGCUUGUGGAGCGGGUGAUCUUGCCGGGGCCGGGACCGGGGAUGAUGCGGAGGAGGUCGGCCUGUCUGAUGAGUCGGGUACGGGCAAGGUUCUAGCCGUAGUUGAACGCGCCGCUCGAAACGCUCUGUGCUGUUCGUUUGCUCGCGUAGUUCACCUGCCCUUCGCCGAGCCGGAGGCUGGCGCGGAGAGCGAGACGGAGCUGAAAGAGGACCGGAUUGCGAGGGACGCAUUACCACUUUCGCUGCGACAGAUGGGUGAAGGGAUUCACACACCCAGGGCUACCAGUGACCUACACGGCGAGGACGAAGAGAACGCAAUACCGCAUUCCUACCCUGAUUCCAUCAGUGGCGAUGACGGCCCGGGCUUGGCGAAACAACUGCAGGUGCACAUUCCUUACUACGGAAGCCGCGCCGAACCCCUGGUCCUCUCCAUCCGUGGCAAUUCAAACGCGAGGCAGGGUUGCUUCAGGAUAAGAGACAGAUUUGCGGUGGGUUCGGCCCUGGCGGCGUGUCUAGGUAUAGCGCUCCAGGUUUUGCGCGAGAAGGAACACGUUCGGCGCCUGAAGGAACGAGACGAGGUUGCCGCGGCCUGCACCUCCGCCGCCGAAGCGGAAGCGCGGACGCGAGGGCAGCGCGCCGUCGCCGGCAUGAGGGCCCUGGUUGCAGCCGCCGAGGCUUCAAAAGCGCAGGCGCUGACCGAGGCAGCGGCCGCAGAACGGGCGGACCAGCAGACCGACGCUCUGCGGCACCUCCUGUCGGGCCUGGACGACGCCGGAAGGAAGGGCCACGCCGCGGUAGCCGCGUCUGUCGAAAGGCUAGCCAGCGCGGUGGUUCCGGGCUGCGAAGGGAGUGUCCUUCUCACCCCGCGUAGACACAGGAGCGGCGGAAGUAGUAGGAGUGCGGCAGGGGCGGGGGGCGACCGCCGCACUUCCUUCUCGCCCGAUCCGCGCGCCUGGGCAACAGCCACAGCGUCGAGAAUGCACGGGGCGGUGGACGGUUCGGAAAGAUUUGAGUGCGGAAAGGCUUGGGCGCGGACGGUCGAGGAAGCUGCCGUGCAGGCGUACUCCACCGGCAAGACGAUGUGCGUGACGAUGGACUUAACCCCGGCCCGUUCUUCGCAAGGCUGUAGGGAUGGCAAUGACGGUGGUGGUGCUUCGAGGCAGAGCCCGGUGGUUUAUUUUUCACCCGUUCCCGCCGUACUGCCUGUUGAACCCGAGCGAUUGGUCAACGGGGAAAAUGGCGGCCCGGGGACCCCGGUGUCUUCAGGCAGGAUGAGAGCCGCUGAAUUGCAGAGGGAAUACGUGGAUUGUGUUACCGGCAGCUGCGCAAUGUCGGGCAGCGUCGGCACCACCGGCCUGCUCGCGUGGGUGCUGCGACUCGACGCGGUUGAGGCUGCCUGCGACGAUGGCGACGACGAAGAGGGUGCGGGGUCGCCGUCGGACGCCGUGUCACCCUUGACCGAGGCGAUAUCUGAACCGCCGUCACCCCCACGGACGCAUCUACCGCAGUGCAUUUCGAGCGCCAUCAACGCCGUAGUCCACGCCGUGGGCCUUGCGCUGUUCGCCACCGAUACAGCUGAUGAGAUUCACGGGCGGCCGGCGCGAUCCAACGCCUUUAAGAGGAGGCGGUCAAGCUCUCGGCGCGCCCGGCACGUCGAAAACCGGAUGCACGAGGUAAUUUCGUCGUCGACGGGCCCUGGGGAAACCCAGCUGGCAAAGUCUUCCCGGGAAGAAGAGCUGAGGAGGCUCCGCGACGGAACGACCGCCCUGGCCGAGCGCGUGAAGACGCUAGAGGGGCGAGCCGCAGGCUUAAGGGCCUCGGAAGCCCGGUCCGCGGCGGCUCUGGCGAGGGCAAGGGCAGACGUGGGCGCGACGAGGGGGGAGCUCCAGCUCGCCGAGCUCGAGCUCGAGCGGGAGCGGAAGAAGAACGCUCAGGCCACCCCGACAACCGAUAACUUUGGCGGCGUGGAGGGGGUGUUUGGGCUGUGGUCAAGCCGGAGGGGAGAGCGCAGUGGAGGGGUGGCUGGCGUGCUGCGACCGUCUUGCGCGAGCAACAAGAAAGCAGGCGUGCUGGGUGUGAGUGACACCGUGGGGUCUACGCUUUUAGGCUGGAGCCAUCCGGCUUCGCCAGCGGAACGGGUGCUUUUCCCACAUGUCAACGUAGCUGGCUCCAAGGAGAGUGAGACUCGAGACGGCGGGGCGGAUGUGGCGGCCAUGACCUCAGUAUCUUCUUCGCCGUUCACCCGUUCGGGCGCCUCUUCCGCGGCACUCCAGCACAUCACCUCCGUUCACGCGCGGCUGUCCGACUCACUGAAGCGGGGUAGGGUCGGGGGGACGCUAACCGUAGGAGUGGUCUAA